AGCGAAGAACCGCUGCCUCUGCUCGACUGGGCCAAGCUGCUUGCCAAGGGCGACGAAGAGACGAAGAAGCGUUGGGCCUCUCUCGCGCCGAUAGUGAAAAACUUUUACGUUGAAGAUCCUCGAGUUGCCUGCAUGCCCACGGCGGAGGCGGCAGCCUUCAGGACAGAAAACAAUAACAUAGUCGUCAAGUAUUUGGGCCCGGGAGGCGAGCCGCCAUCAGACGUGGCAACCAAUCCCGUGAGAACGUUUGAGGAGGCGUUUUCGAACUACCCGGAAAUCUUGGACGAGAUCUACAAGAACAAGUUCGAGAAGCCGUCCCCGAUUCAGAGUCAGGCGGGGCCGAUACUGCUUCAAGGUCAUGACCUGAUCGGGAUCGCGCAGACGGGUACGGGAAAGACGCUGUCAUUCCUGCUGCCGGCCAUGAUUCACAUCGACAGCCAGCCCGUUCCGAGGGAGGAGAGGAAAGGUCCUUCCUGCCUGAUUUUCGCUCCGACGCGCGAGCUUGCUCAGCAAAUCGAGCGCGAAGCGAAGAAGUACAACUACCGAGGCAUCAGGUGUGUGUGCGUCUACGGGAGCGGCAGUCGCAGGGAGCAGAUGCAGACCGUCAACCUCGGCGUCGAGAUUGUCAUCGCAACUCCCGGACGCCUCAACGACCUCGUCAUGAACAAGAUCAUUGAUCUGAACUUCGUCACUUUUCUGGUGCUGGACGAAGCGGAUCGCAUGCUGGACAUGGGCUUAGAGAUACAGAUCAAGAAGGUGAUGCUGGACAUCAGGCCUGACCGGCAGACGGUCAUGACCAGUGCAACCUGGCCAGAAGGUGUGCCUCGCCUUUCUGACCAGUACAUGACAAACCCGUUCCAGGUGUUCAUCGGUACCAUGGACCUAGCCGCAGUGCACACAGUGACCCAGAAGGUCAUCCUCUGCGAGGAGGAGGAGGAGAAGAGAGACCAGCUUCUGGCAUUCUUCGACUCUAUGCUACCCGACGACAAGGUGAUAGUCUUCGUCGACAGGAAGGCAACGGUGGACCACCUGACGAGCGACUUUGUCCUAGCUGGCAUCAACUGCGAUUCCAUUCAUGGGUCUAGGGAACAGUGCGACCACGAACAAGCAUUGGAGGAUCUACGGAGUGGCCGAGUGCGCACCUUGAUUGCCACAGAUGUCGCUGCACGGGGGUUGGACAUCAAAGACUUGACGCACAUCUUCAACUACGACUUCCCUCGCAACGUGGAAGAGUACGUCCACCGUGUCGGCCGCACGGGUCGAGCUGGCCGUACAGGAGUGGCCAUCACGCUCAUAACUCGUGGCAACUGGAGGCAGGCCCGUGAGCUGAUCAGUAUCCUGGAGGAGGCCAGCCAAGAGGUCCCAACCGAACUCUACGCGAUGGCCGACCGUUUCGACGCCUGGAAGGAGCGACGUGCCGAGGAAGAGCGCAGCUUUGGCGUUGACCGAGGUAGCCGUGGCGGUGGAUUCCGCCAAGGAGGAAGAGGUGGUUGGGGUGGCGGGGGUGGUCGCAACCGUUGGUGAAAGAACAGUAGCUGUGAUUUGGUUGCGAUAAGUUCAUUGUAAAUCAGCGUCAUGCAGCAUGUGCCAUCACACCACUGUGCAAUGUUGUUUUCUAUUUGUCUUUACAGUUAUGUUUUUUACGUGCAAGUGACAAUAAACAUUUGAUGCACCUUGUAUGCCUCUUUAGCCUCUUUAUUAGGUCAGAGUUCUACAUAGGCUCGGAAGAAAGCUCACCAUGCUCACUGAUUCAUAGCUUGUGGUUGUUUGUGCCACCAUGUGCCAUUUUGUGCGUGGAGAGAGUGCAUUGUGGUUUCUAUUUCAGAAAAAAAGUUUGGUGUUAAACUAACAUAAGGCCUCUUCAAAAGGCAAGUUUUAAUCAAAAAUGGAGCCACUUGUGAGCGAUGAUCGGUAAGGGUUGCAGUGUAAUGUAAAAAUAGUUUGAGCUCCUUAUAAAUUUAAGGUAAUGGUUUAG